AUGGGUAAAGAAAAAACUCACAUUAACGUUGUUGUUAUUGGUCACGUCGAUUCAGGUAAAUCAACCACCACCGGU